CCGACCGUACUGCGCCCGCUGACGCUGCCGGCCCUGCUCGACCGCCUGCUUGCCCCGCCCGCGUCGCCGGCCACGGUCGUCGUGUGCGCAGACCGCGCCAGCUUCGUCGCCGCCCUCGCCCGCGCGCUGCAGCCCCAGGGCACGCGUCCGGGCCGCGGCCUGCAGCAGCGGCUGGCCCCGACCGUCCACACGCUGUCCGUCGCGCGCCACGUCGGCCUCGCCUUCUGCCCCUCGGUGCAGGCCCUGCUGGCCUUCCUGGCCGCGUACGGCCGCCCGCGACAGGCGCACGGGCAGCACGGCGCGGAGAGCGGGGGCGGGGCGGCCCUGGUGCUGGUGAACCUGCUGGCGCUGCACAAGCCGACCCCGUCGUUCUCCGCCCAGGGCCUGUCGCGCGCCUUUGCCGCUGCCGUCGACGCCGCCGCGAGGACUGGGGCCGCCCUGCAGCUGGUCGAGUGCGAGGACUGGCAGCAGGCCGGUGAGCUGGACCCCGCCGUGCUGGACCCCGCCGUGCUGCCCCCCGCCGACGACGCAGCCAUGUCGGACGGCGACCCCGACGACCGCAUGCACGACCCGUGGGACCAGGACGUGUCCAUCCUCAACGUCUCCGCGCGACGCUUUGGCUCCGCCGCCGGCGAGCGCUCGUGGGCCGGGCGCACCGUCACGGCAGAGAGAAUCGCGGCACGGUGGUUUCGCUUCCAGCAUCUU